AUGUCCGAAGAAGAUCACAUCAUACAGCAAGAUGAAGAUCAACCACAAGUCAAACCAGAUUUUAAUGAAGAUGAUUAUAUUCAAGAACCAGAAUCACCAAUUGAUAACGAUAAUGUGAAAUCUAACCUAGAAGAAGAACAAUUACAAGAAGAACCAGAAUAUAGCGAAAAACAAGAAAAUGACACACCACUAAGUCCUGGAGUAGACGAAUCAAAUAUAGACCCAAAUAUACAACAACAACAAGAAGAUGAUGAAGAUGACGAUGUUGUAAUAAAUUCAAUGAAAGCCAAAAGAUAUAAUGAUGACGAAUCAAGAUUCACAACUCAAAAAAAAUUGAUUAGAAAAUCAAGACCUGAAUUACCCACCAACGACGACUUAAAAUAUGAAGAAGCACCAGACGGAUCAAAUUAUAAUGAUAUGGAUCCACAACAAAGAAAAAGAAUGGAAUUAGAAGAAAAAAUGUCUGCAGCUAUUAAAGUAAAAUCAAAUAGAAGAAGAAAAGCAGAUGAAGAUGAUAUUGAAAGAAUGCAAGAUGAUAAAAUUGAUCAUUUAAAAGAAUUAAUGAUCAACGCGGCAAAUUUAGAUGUUGAUAAAAACACUCAAGGAUUAAUUGCAACUGAAAAAUUAAAAUUAUUAGAUGAUGUUUUAAAUAUGUUAUCAAGAGCUGAUUUAGCUAUUUCAAUAUUAGAUAAUAAUUUAUUAGAAGCUGUAAGAUUAUGGUUAGAACCUUUACCUGAUGCAAGUAUGCCAGCUUAUCAAAUUCAAAAAGAAUUAAUUCAUGCAUUAGAACUGUUACCUAUAAAAACUGAUCAUUUAGUUGCAUCAGGUAUUGGUAAAGUAUUAGUAUUUUAUCAAAGAUCAAAAAGAACAGAACCACAACUAAAGAAAAUUGUUGAUCGAUUAAUUGGUGAUUGGACAAGACCAAUAUUAAAUAAAUCAGAUUCUUAUAAAGAUAGAUCAGUUCAAUUUGGUGAAUAUAAUAAUGCAAAAUACAAAAAUAAAUUAUCAUCUACAACAAAUAAAAAAGCAGAAUCUAAAACUUUAUAUGAACAAAAUGCAGAAAGAAGAAAAAGAGCAGCAAUACCAACUGCAAGAACAGCUGCUUAUAAAAUUGCCCCAAGAGUUGAUCCAAAUUCAUUAAUUGGUAAAUCUGGUAGAGGAUCUGUAUAUGAUGAAAGAUUUAGAAAAAUAAAUCAAAAAUUAAUGGGUGCAAAAAGAAAAACAACUAGAAAAGGUGGUCCUUCUAUUGAAGGUAGAGAUUUAAGUAUAUAG